ACAACAUAUAUAUAUAUCUCUUUUGUGUGUGUGUGUGUGUGAAUGAGUGUGUGCGCGCAUAUAUAUAUAUAUAUAUAUUAAUAUUAAUAUCUACCUGCCUACCUACCUACCUGCCUGCCUACCUACCUGCCUAUAAUACAUACAAUAUAUAUUUAUUUAUUUAAUAAAACCAUUAUAUAAAUACAUAAAAAUAUAUACACAAAAAAUGGAUAUGGAAAUGAAUGGCAAUAUGGAAUUCAAUAUCCCAGGAUUCCUUUCGCUGACUCCAGAUGAAGAAGAUGCUCCUUACUUUGAAUACGAAGAAGAAGAAGAACUACCUACCUGGAUGGACGACUGCGAAGUCCAAGAGAACCUUUUCCAGAUCUUGCCUCUGACACCCGAAGAGUCAAGGAUCGACAAGGAUAACCACAUUGUCCAGUCAAAUCCGUGUUACUACUUCUUUGAGGAGCUUGGCUAUUUUACGGAAGAACCCGAACCCAUCGACCCUACACGGGAUUACGAGGCCGAAGCAGAGCAGCUGAUCCAAGAACGCAAUCGCACUCGGGGUAAUCAACCCCAGUCUUGA